AUCCAACUGUUUUUUCGAUCUCAGCUACCAUCAAACCUCAACUUUUCUAAGCAGAGAGAUCAGCAAUUGGUAGGAGAUGGCACAGAGAACGGGUGGUCCGGGGAUGAUAGGUUUCGACGGAGUGCGGCGGAGAAGAGCGGUGGAAUCUCCGGCGGCGGCGCCAUCGAUGUUGACUCGCGGUGUCAGCUCGGUUUUCAACUUUGUCCGGUUCGCAGAAUUCGAGAUCCUCUUCGUUCUCUUCUUCCUCACGGCUUUCAUCAUUUUCAAAGAUCUGACCUCAAGACCUGAAUACAAUGAUAUCAUGGUGAAGAAGCCCGGUGGCCGUGAUUGGUGGCCCUACUAGUUCCAACAUACCUCUUCACAGAGAAUAUUACUCUUAUGAUUUUGAAAUAAAUACUAGUAGGAGUACUACUUUACUUUUUCUUUCAUUGAUGAUUUGAGACAUGUGAAAAUGUAUAUGCAUUACAAUAUGGUAAAAUUGCACUAUCUACUCCCAAAAUCUUGUUUAUCAUA